AUGGAGACUUGGAUGAGCUGGGCCAUGUUCCUGGCAAUUGGGGCCGCAGCCUACUGGUACUAUGUACACCAAAACAACAACGCUGUUGCGCGAGGACGAUCGACGACGGGCAAGUCCACGACCAACUCGCUCAAGGAUGCGGUCAACUGGGACACCGAGACCAAGCCCAAAAGCCAAAAGCCAAAGACCAAGGCUCCUCGCAAGUCGGCCAAGGCAACCGUUCAGGACGUCGGUAACAAGGCCGCGGCUGCCGUGUCGCAAGCAGCCUCCAAGUCGGUUUCCAGCGCAGAUGAGUCUGACUCCAAGGUCGCUCCUCCCGCGGCCGCCAUCAACAAGGCCCCGAGCGGCAAGGACGUCUCUGACAUGCUGGGUGAGCGAUCUGCCUCCCCCGCUGUCAUGAGCAUCAAGCCUUCCGAGAAGCCAGCUCGUUCCGUCAAGAACCAGACACAAAAGGCCGAAGUUGCGCAGGAGACGAAGAAGCAGCGCCAGAACAGGAAGAAGGUCGAGGAGGCCAAGGCUGCACGUGAGGAAGAAGAGAAGGCGCGCAAGGCUCUCGAGGAGAAGCAGCGACGCGUUGCUCGUGAGGCUCGUGGAGAGCCGGCCAAGAAUGGUCUUGGUCAGAGCAAGGCCCCUGCCACCAACGCCUGGACUGAGGUCCCCUCUCGCGGCGCUGUCCAGGCCCCCAAGGCCGCUCCCCAGCUUCUCGACACCUUCGAGCCUGCACCUGCUCCUACCAAGGUCGCACCCACAAACGGCACGGCCGCGACUCCUGCCACCUACAACGGCCUACCCUCUGAGGAAGAGCAGGUCAGACUUGCCAUGGAGGACUCCGCCUGGACCACUGUCCCCAAGGGUGGAAAGACCAAGCGCAAGACUGUCAACGAGGAACUCGCGGAAGAGCGCGAGGACAUCAAUGUCACCAAGGCACCACAGGCGGCCAAGCCAGUUCGACCGACCGAGACUCUCCGGGAGAACAAGAAUCCCAGUUCUCGCUACCAGAUUCUCGCCGAGGAGUUCAAGCCAACCACUGGCGACGAUGUCGACGAUUGGGCCGUCAUGUGAAGCUCUCAAGCUCCACCAAGCCAGCAGCUGGGCUCAUGACCUUGGGUACAUGUGUGCUCAUCCAAGACCCGCAGCUGUGUUCCUUUUCCAAUUUCGGUCAUUUCGGGGGCAUUUGAUAUAGGAGGUCUCGCAGGCGUCGGUGUAGCAAAUCGUCAACUUUGGCCAGAGUGGUAUUUUAUUCGUGGGGGAAGGACACCGGGUAUGACUAUGUGGGAAUUACGUGUUGAGCGCGGGGUAUGGCUGAGGCAUUAGGUGCUUCCUUCGUCUGCUUUGCUUUCCUAGGUAAUGGAAAAGCAUUGGUGUAUGGGGUUGCGUCUGGACUUGGUGUGGCACUUCCUUUGCAUUCUGAUCAUGUACUUCACUAUUAUAUCAAACAACCAGCCACACUACCAUCGACGUUGGAUGAAAGGCUCUGUCGAGGCUUAGAGGGUAGAAAAAUACAUUUGACAUACACAUGGCAAUUGGGAUGAAAAUGAUGAAAAAUGACACAUAA